AUGGCGGGUCUCGGAUCUCCACCUGCCAGCGAUAGCCCGGGUGGUUGGGGCGAGUUACCCGUCGACAUCCUCAUCGUUCUGGUGUUCGACUACCUGGACUGCUUCAAGGACCGCCUCGCCGUCGCCGGAGUCUGCAAGGCGUGGCGCCGCGUCGUCUCCGACCUGCGCGCGCCGCCGAUCCCCUGGCUUCUCCUCCCACACCGCGGCGCCCUCCCUCCCUCCUUCGUCUGCCUGCUCGGCAACGGAGGUAACCCCCACGACCACCCCGUCCCCGCAAUCCUGCACCACAUGCCGCGGCAUAUCAGCUCGGCGAGGCAGGGGGGCUGGAUUUUGGUGGGAACAAAGGAUCGCAACUAUGAGCUGGUGAAUUUCAACUCGGGCGCGCGGCUAAGCCUCCCACACUGUAUGCGGGACAUCCGCGACCGCAUCAGCGAUCAAAGGUUCGUCCGCAUCAGCGCCGCCGCCAUAUCGCCGCCGCCUCCCGGACUCGGGUAUGUCGACCCGACGGCCCUCUCCGACUCCACCUCCGCGGCCCUCCAUGUCUCCCCACUCUACGAGACCGAGUACACCAUUCCAGUUCCAGGCUUCACCAUCGCCGCCAUCAUGGUGGGGAAUACCCAGCUCGCCUUCUGGCCACUUGCUAAUGGGACGAUCUGGACACCUGCGCCAAGGAACGCGGGGGGUUUGGCGGGGGGCCUGGAGGACGUCAUCUUCUACAACGAGUCAUUCUGUGUCCUGACUCGCAACGAGAACAUUCUCAAGUACCACAUGCCACAGGCACAGAACAGAGCAUGCACAGUAUGCGCUCGGGGAGGUGCAUCUUCUAUCCAAGGCCACCCGGAGUCGCGCCUGAGCCGGUCGUUGCCCGCUUCCUAGUGGAGAGCCGCGGGAGGCUUCUCAUGGUGAUCCAGAUCGCGCCUCUCGCAGACGUGCUUGGUGAGCCUCGCCUCACCACAGGCUUCAGAGUCUUCUCCAUGAAAAGCCCUACCGGCGAGCUUGGUCUGCACCGUUGGGUCGAGGAAGAUCUUGGCAACCGCCUGAUCUUUGUUGGGCGAGGCUGCUCACGCUCCUUCAAUACAUCGGACCUGCACCUGCGCUCUGGCAUUUAUUUCCUCGACACGAGUACCUUUGAUGUGGUCAGGCCCAAGGUGUACCCUAACAAUGACAUGGGCGUGUGGCUGCCCCACGGCUUGGUCGACCGACCAUUUCCAGAUCAGGAGGUCUCCUCAUCGGUAGCGCCAGCAGUCUGGGCGCUGCCCUUCAGGAUUCAAGGAGGUGAUAGCACUGAAGAAACUGCCGAGGAGGAGCUGCUUGAAACGCAUGUACAAGAAGAUGAUGUUCAUGGAAGAUGAUGUGGUUGCUAGCUUGAUCUGGUUACCUUUACUGUUCUGGAGUUAGCUUUUUGAUUUUGCUCUUCACUGAAGAUGGUGCUUGAGAUGCGGGUCGCUGAAGAAGAUGAUCUCCAUUGAAGAUGGUGCUGGAGAUGCUGGGGAUGCUGGUUGCUGGCUUCAUCUUGUUACUUUUACUGUUCUGGAGUUAGUUUUCUGAUUUUGCUGUUAAUCAAAGCGAUUGAUGCUAGUUGAGGCACUUCAAUAGUGGUGCUGAUCACGAGGUUCAAAUUACUUGCUGAUAGUAUUCAGAGGUUCUACUUGUUUGUUGCUAUUGUUUGUGAGCUUCUAGUUGCUUGCUGCGUGUUCAGCAGCUUGCAAUUGUUGCUACAGUUCAGGUUCUCUAUAGGCUGAAUGUUCAGCAGCUUGCAAUUGUUGCUACAAGUUCUUCGAGGCUUCUUUACUGUGGUUCGUUUGGU